AUGGAUUCAACCAUUUCGGUUUCAAAGGGUGUAUUUGUGUUCAAAAACGGUGCCACCAAAGCCCCGAAAACGCGUCGAAAAGCCCAAAAAUGCCACAGCUUGCUGGACAAGGAUACAAACGACUCGCUUUGGUAUCGCAAUUACCACCAAUUGUGGUCCAAAAUCAGUGAACAGCUGGUCAAACUACAAACUAGCAGUUACGAGAAAAUCCUGGACGACCUGUUGGCCUUCGUAGAGAACUGUCGCCAGCAAACUCUGGAGUACGAUGGUAUACUGCCGACGGCCGCACUGCUGACCGGAAUUAAUCAAAUUGAUCAUCUGUCUCAGUUUCAAACGCUGGCCGAAAACAUUAGAAAUAAUACGUAUUCGCUAGUUGUUCUGUUGCAAUCCAGGGAUUGUCCGAGCAUAAAGGCCGCCGUAGAAGCUAUCGUUUCGGGUUUUGUAGAGGAACAGCGUCUUGCUGAGGACAGUGAGAGUAAGCAGUUUCGUAGGAACCAGCUCAAUUUCAGCGUAUUACAGGCUUGGUACCAUGAAAAACACGAACACUUGGAUAAAAAACCGAAUCUCACUGUUAUCAUGCCAGAUUUCGAGGUGUUUGCACCAGAUGUGUUGCAAGAUUUGAUAUUAGUUUUAAACUCCUAUGCAGCUGAGCUGCCAUUUGUGCUGAUUUUCGGUGUGGCCACGUCCGUGACCACGGUGCAUAGCGUUUUACCCUAUCACGUUAGUAGCAAGAUUAAGUUGAGCAUUUUUCAGUCAGAACCGUCAAUAGUUAAUCUGAAUAAAAUUCUUAACAACGUCAUCCUCACGCCGUCCUGUCCGUUUCAUCUAUCCGGCAAAAUCUUCAAACUGUUGGUGGAUAUUUUUCUGUUUUAUGAUUUUUCCGUCAAAGGUUUUAUCGAAGGAUUCAAGUAUGCUGUAAUGGAGCACUUCUUUCAGGGCAAUAUAUAUGCCCUGUGCAGCAUGACAAACGAUCGCGAUGAGCUGGAGGAAGCUGUCGAACAGCUCAGCUCGGCAGAUUUGGAAAGCAUUCGGCAGCUGAUGUCGUUUCGACCACUGAUUGAAUCACUCGACAAUCCGCAGGAAGUGAUAGAUUUCCUCACCAAGGAUGACUACUUACGGCGGAUGCUGCCCUGCAUGAUCAUCGAUGUGCAUAAUUUUUGGUUUACCUUUCAUUGCGCAAUGGAAAUGCUGCAAGUGUUAACGGUGGAUCUGCCAAAGACCCCACUUGGCAAGCAGCUACGGGAAUUAUAUGGUUUUUGCAUCUCGACCGAUGUAACCCAGACGGACGAGUAUCGGGAGAGCAUACAGUUGGUACAAUUUACGUCUAAGGAGGAAAUUCUUCAAAAGAUUAUUAAAAUGCUUGAAGUCAUUUCGAAAUAUUUUGAACUUAACGACGAGGCAAGCAUCAGAGGGGAGGUAAUUUUUGAAGUUGAGCCGUUGGAAAAGAUCAACAACGAUUUGGAAGCUUUUGCAACUAAAAUUGCUCAAGCCGGAAUGAAUGUGGAGGUAGAGAAUACGAGCGAGACUAAGACAACAUUUACUUCUCAAAAUAUGGGCCGUCAAGAGUUGAAGGAAAAGCUUUUGAAUGCUGCCCGUCAACCGAAGAUGGAAUCGGCUUUUACCAAAGCGAUCAACAGUCUCAUCUCUUACAUCACUAAUGACAUUUUUCGCCAGUAUUUGCGGCCGCUCAGUCGUGGUCCUCCAUUGAUUGAGCUGUUUGUUUUCAAUGAUGCGGCCUCAGUGCGAAGACACAUUGUGGGAGUGCCACGUGCUGCCCUUCAUACGGCAUUGAACAAUCCACACUAUUAUCUCCAGUGCGAAUGUUGCGAAUUAGAUGGUGAUAGCAAUCUCGUAUCGACCUUACCGGACCUAUCGGUGGCUUAUAAGCUGCACUUGGAGUGCGGUCGGAUGAUCAAUUUGUUCGACUGGCUGCAGGCUUUUCGUACCGUGAUAGACGACGGUGACGGGGACGACAACGAGCGACAGGUGGAUCCAAAAAUACAGGCCCGAUUUACACGAGCAGUAGCUGAAUUGCAGUUUUUGGGUUUCAUUAAGACGUCGAAAAAGAAGACUGAUCACGUGACCCGUUUAACAUGGUGA